CUGGGCUGCUGCCCCAUCCUGCAGAGGAAAGAGCUCAUCUGCCCUGCCACGCUUCCCCGGGCUCGGAGCACUCAGCCUGCCCUGCCAGCCCCACUGCAGCCCUUGGACAGGGAUCAGGAGGGGACAAACAGGCUGCAGAUGGAGCUGCUGGCCGUGCUGGGCUGUGCCCUGCUGCUCCCCAUGGUCCUGGGGGAGGAUUGUCCAUCCCAGUGCAGCUGCUGGUCCCUGGGGGAGCCGUGGGGGACGGGGGUGGACUGCAGCUCGCGGGGGCUGCGCGCCCUGCCCGCCCUGCCCCGCCUGACGCGCAGCCUGCACCUGCACAACAACAGCCUGGCCUCCAUCCCCGCCGGGGCCCUGGACAGCCUGGGCCACCUGCAGGAGCUGCGGCUGUGGGACAACCCCUGGCACUGUGACUGUCACAUCCUGUACCUGAAGCUCUGGCUGCAGGAUUUCUCCGCGCCCGCGCUCGCCCGGCUCAGGUGCGCCAGCCCCGCUCCGCUGAGGAUGAAGCCCCUGGGGCAGCUGACUGGGAACGAUCUGGGUGUCUGUGCCAGGCUUCUCCCAACCAAGUGUCUCCAGUUCUUCUGGAGAGACCUCAUUUUAAUUGCGGGAACAGUAAUUACCCUCCUUUUAGUGGCGUGGGCUCUGAAGUUCUCCAAAAAGCUGGUCUGCCAGCUCAGCCUCGGGAGCCGGCGGCUGAGGAGGAGCAUCCCCAAAACCCACAAGCCACGCUUUGAGAAUCAGCCCAGCCUUUGCCAGCAGCUGGUCAGCUCCACGCGGUGUGUGGCAGUCCCGGCUAGAUGGUGACAGGGGUGUGACAGAUCCCCCUUCCGAGCUCCGCUGAAUCCCAGCCACCUGCGGAGGCGCAGCGCGGAACAAGAGGGCGGCAGCACCGGUCCUGGGGUGCAACUGGGGUGACUUCAUUCGAUGGCAAAACUGCCCUCCCCAGAGUCCCAGGACCCCGAACUCAGGGCAGACAACAGCUUAUAAAUGGGGGGAGGGCUCAUGGGAAGAAAAACUCUUUAACUAAUCAGGAGACCUGGGGGUGAAACACAAGGCGGGAAUGCAAUGUAUAAAACAAUGAAGAAUUUCAAGGGAGGAGAACAGCUUCAGUGAACUAAUGGGGCUUGGAAAAAUACAAAACCGACAGGGAAGUUUCUAGGGGGAAGGCAGGUUUGGGGAGAGAUUGACAUUUAAUGGAAGGAGGAGUAAAGAAGGUUCUGGGGAAAGGGUAGGGGGUUUAAAACUUAGCAGGGAGUAGCUAGGUAACAAACAGAAAAAACAACACUUAACUAAACUAAAUAACAAUGAGGGAGCAAGUCUAGUUUUAGAGACAUAAGAUGCAAAAUGAAAAACCUGUGCCACUCUAAAGGCAGAGAAAGGACAGCAUAAGGGAAUUACAGAAUCAGAAAUCAAACAAUAAACAUACUAAUAAAACAAAAGAAAACACACUACAACGAGGUGGAUAUGUGGCAUUUUUCUGUUCUGACAAUCUCUUACAUGUGAGUGAGUGUAGGAAGUAGAUUUGAAUUUACACAUCUCCAUGGGCUCACGCUCAUAUCUAACCUGAGAGGACUUUGACUGUAA